AUGAUUUAGGAUUCUUAAAGUAUAAGCCUUGAGAAUGAGAAUUAAACAUAAGGUAAUAAAUAAUAAUUUAUAAUAAAAGAAUCAAAAUAACAAUUUGAAGAAAUAAAGGAAGGAACAGAAUAUCUUAUAGGAAAUCCAUAUAGAACUAAUUAUAAUGUUGAUUAUUUUGAUAAUGGAAAUAUUAUGUAUAUUAAAGAUGGAGAGAUUAUUAAAAGGUGAGGUCUUUAUAAAUACAUUAUUAGGGAUAGAAUAUGUGAUCAAUCAAGGAAUUCUGAGAUAUACACUAAUCUUGAGUAAAUUAAAUAUUUAGUUUGGAAUGGGGAAUAUAAUUAGAAAAAUCAAAGAAUCGGUAAAUGGAAAGCCUUUUGGAAAAAUGAAAUAUUAAAUGCAGGUGGAGAAUUUGAUGAAAAUGGAAAGAAAGUAGGAAAUUGGAUUGAAUUAUUUGAAAACUUUUGUGAGUAUAUUUAUUAUUUAAGAUAGAAAUGCUGAAAUCACAAAUGUUGGCGAGUAUAAGGAUGGGAAGAAAAGUGGAAAGUGGAACUUAUUUUUUAAAGAUAAAUUAAUGUAAUUAACACUUUCUUAUUAUAUUUAAGAGGUGGAGGAAAUUAUGAUGAAAGUGGAAAAAAAACUGGAUAGUGGAUUGAAUUGCAUACUAAUUUUAAUUGGUAUGUUAAAAGAAUUGUUUUAUUAUUAUAGUUUAUGCUAAGUAACAUAUUUAGGAGAAUAUGAAAAUGGGAGCAAAUAAGGAAAAUGGAUUGCAAGAUUCAAAAAUCAAGAAAUGUAAAUUUAAAUAUAGAACUUAGUGGAGGAGGACAAUAUAAUGGGAAAGGAAUUAAAAUUGGAAAAUGGAUAGAAAUAAGUAACAAUUUUUAAUAGUUAUUAAUAGAUAUAGAUUUAUCAUUAGAGAAUCUUAAAUUCUAAAUGUUGGAGAAUACAACUAAGGAGUAAAAUUUAGUAGAUGGGAUAUAUUAUUUAGAGAAGCAUAAACUGAAGAAUUUACAAAAAUGUAUACAAUUUAUAUUAUUUUUUAAGAGGAGGAGGAAUGUAUAAUGAAGAAGGAAUUUAGGAUGGAGAAUGGAUAGAAUUACAAGAAAAUUACUAAAAGUAUUUGAAAAUACUGAUUUUUUAAGCGAUUGCAAGAUAAUUUUAGUUGGAUAAUACUCAAGUGGAAAAAAAAUAGGAAGAUGGAACGCUUUUUAUUUAGAGAAUAUUAUGUAAUAAUUCAAAUCACAUUAAAUAAGAGCUGGAGGAGAAUAUAAUUAAAAUGGUUUGAAAACUGGUGAAUGGAUCGAACUAAAUAACAAUUUCUAUAAGUAUAAUAUUCCUUAAUUUAUUCAUAGUUACAGUUAAACCAUUUUUAAGGGUUAAUAUAAUAAUGGAAAAAAAUAAGAAAGAUGGGAUGUAUUUUGUAGAUAUGAUCAAGAAAAAUAAUUUGAAUAAAUGUAAUUAAAUAAAUGUUAUAAAAAAUAGAGGAGGAGGUAAUUAUGAUUAAAAUGGAAUAAAAAUUGGCUUAUGGAUUGAGCCUAUAGAUCAUAUUUGGAAGUAUUUAAAAUAAGAAAUAUCAACUUAGCUUGUCCUAAAUAAUUUAAAGAGGAUAAUAUCAAAAUAAUUAAAAGAAAUAUGGAAAAUGGGAAACUUUAUAUAAAGAAGAAAAUUCACAGUAAUUUUAAAUCAUGUAAUUAGUCAUUAAUUAUAUUUAGAGCAGGUGGAAAUUAUGAUGAGAAAGGUUUAAAAACUGGAGAAUGGGCUGAGGUGGAUUAGAGAUUCUCUUAGUAUCAAAAUACUUUAUUGUUAGUUCUUGCUAAGUCAUUUAAAGAGGUUAAUAUUUUUAAGGAAAAAAGGUUGGAAGAUGGAAUUCACAUUUCUGGGAGAAAAUUAUGUGAUUAACAUUUCUUAUAUUUAGAGGAGGAGGAUUAUAUGAUGACCAUGGUUAAAAAAAUGGAUAAUGGAUUGAUCUAGAUGAAAAUUUCUCAUAGUAAAUCUUAUUAUAAACUUAUUAAAGUAUUAGGUAAUUAGUGUUUGUUGGUGAUUACAAAAAUGGAUUUAGAAUUGGCUAAUUUAAAGAAAAUAAUUUAUAAUGAG